UUCAAAAUGGUCACAGACUCGUAAUCGGGACAUGUUUGGGACACUGGAGGUGAUAUUUCACACCCGAACAUGUUGAAAAGCAGCAGUAGCCUGCUCGGGCCAGGACAGCUUUGCAGAAGCUGUGUGACAGCAUGCUCAGCGUUGCGCAGAGCGGGGUGCCCAGCCUUUCGGUGCGGGUAUCAUAGGGUGAGCAUCACUGCCUCUCGCUGCACGCUGCAUCACCACCUCCUCUGCCUCAUGCGGACCUGUUGCCUAUACGGCACGCUCCAUGCUCGUUUUCCCAGCUAUAGUCUCCUUCCUGCUCCUCUCCGGGAGCCCUUGAAAAAAGAGUGACUCUGACUAGGCUUUUGGUCCUAAGCUGCUUGACUCCAUCCUCCCUGGGGGUUUCUCUUGCCCAGGAGCAAGCAGGAGGCUGCAUGAACUCUUCUGGCAGUUCCCAGCCUCUCCUUCCUUUGGCUUUUCUCCUGCAGUGUUGGACGCUCUCCUGCAUGUGACGGGAGUAGAAACCUUGAGGACUGCGGGAAAAGUGUCAGCCAGGUGAGGCCCCCGCUAGAGCCGGGUUUGCAGCCCGCUCCACGUCGUGGUCAGAAAACCCUCCUGAGGUUUGGCAACAAGCUCUGGGCAGGCUGGGCAGGCUGCCUGGGCUGCACCGAGACCCACGGGCAGAGGGGAGACUGCCCUGCCGUGCUCAGCAGUUAGGAUUGUCGUCAGUGCGGGCACAGGAGGGGGACUGUGAGGCUGUACUACCACCGCUGUGCCCCAUAGCCUGUCCUUCAGUCCUUAUCUUACCCUCCACCUUAGGGCAGAUUUGUGUUUAGGCUCCUGCCCCGUUAACCCCUUCCCUUCCCUAAUGAGCAAGGCUCACGGCGUGCAAAGGCACUCUUCGGGAUUGAGGUCCCUGCUGUGCUGCCGGGGCAAAACCAGGUUGGGGGGAGGAUUCAAUACCUGUUGACAAGAGCAUGGCACACGCAUGGCCUUUCUGUGGAGUCCCUUUGUGUUUGUUUAGUUAUUCCGUGUUCCCAGGCUCCAUUUGGCCUUCGACAGACAGCCUCUGCAUUAAGCUGCUUUGAGGCUGGUGACCUCAGAUGACCAGAAAGAUGGUGCAAGGUCCAGACCAGCAGUGCCACUGUUCUGGGGUCAAGAAGCAGUUGGUUAGGGUGGAUGGCAUGGAGGUGAUCUGCUUAGAUCACUCCAGCUGACCGUGGCUGCUCAGUUCCUUACAGUAGACUGGCUUUGGGCUGCUCGCUUGGGUCUAGGUUGAUUUUAACACAGGUUCCUUUUCAUCAUGACAGCAAUAUGUCUUAGCCAUGCCUUUGAGUGGGCUGAACAGGAUAUUCACAUCUAACUUCUGAGUUAGGUUGAUGAUUGGGAUAUCCCCUGUGUCCUGAAUUUUUGCACGCUGCUUGAAACUGCGAGCAGAGAGAGCCUGGACUUAGGAUUAUUGCCCAGAGGCAGGACCGGUGUCUUAUUUUUGAUCUGAACUGGCAGUCUGUUGCCUUCUACUCAAUCUCCUGGGUGCCUUUGCAGAAGGGCGCGUGCGUGUGCAUGACAGGGAUGCAUCCGUCGAGAUGCGGGAAGGAACUCGAGGCAGAUGACAGCUAGAUGGGCCCGUGGUUAAGAGUGUGCUUAAAGCAGCACUGGGCAGCAGCUUCCCUCUUUGCAACAGGUCACUGCAUCCUCUGCACAUCGGUCCUUAGACAGACACAGCCUAAAGCAUAAUCCUGUUUGGGGCUCUCAGUGCUCCCGUUGUGAUGGGCCCUGCCUAAGGACACCUGGUUACUGUCUGCGGAGAGGUCCGCAGCCUCCUUCGGGCAGGUUCUCGUGCCACCUCGGUGCCUGUGACGAAAGGCGUACCUUUAGCGGCAGCGGAGCCGCCCCACCCUGACAGCUGGGGAUCUGCUCAGGAAGGUUUCUAGCGCCGCAGGUAAAGUCUACGCGUGCCCACAGCAUGGCAGAAGAGGAGAGCUCCUCUCACAACGGGUCCCGUCUGCAACAGUCUUUCCUCUCCGUCCUGCCCCUCCCUUUUCGGGCAGAGAGCAGAGCGAUGCUCCCUGCCUGGAGCCCAGGUCUGGCUGCAGCCUGAGCCUUACGCACGGCCAAGGGUGUGGCGGAGGCUGUGGGGGCAGAGCCGUUCAGGAUCAGCGCAGGGCAAGCACACAAGGCACAGACCCUCCGAAAGCCGAUGUCAAACACAGCUGAAGUGAGGGUGCUGCUGCUUGCUGCUGGUCCACUGUAUCUUACUUUGUUCACCCCUUGCUGAUGUACGUGGGUGCAAAGCCCUGGCCCAGAAGAGCAUCUCAGCAGAACAGAGUAGCCAAGAAUUCCUGUUUCCGCACGCGCGUAUUUUUGUGCUUCUCGUACCCAGUGGUACCAUUCCCUGCUCUGAGAAAAACGGGUGAUGGCGGAUCUGGCCAGCUCCCGGCUCUCCAUCCCCACAGCGGUCUCCCUGAUGGCACAAGAGGCCGGGAGCUGCUCUGCCCAGGCCCAGCUGAGCCCUGUGCCCCGCUGUCCCACGGUGGGGACGCAGAGCGGGCAGGGCAGGGACCCGCUGGGCAGGGACCCGCUGGGCAGGGACCCGCUGGGCGCUGCGUCAGAGCUCUGUCCCUUGGGAAGCGCACGCAACCUGGCAUCAGCCAGCGCCCGCGUCCGAGCGCCAGCACACUCCUCCCUCGAGGCUGUCAUCGCACCCCUCCCCUGCCGCCGAGCUGUGGCACUUAACACAUUCUGCCUCCGGUUCCUCUUCUCCUGUCCCCCUCCCACCGCACACUGCACGGAGAUUUCUGAAUGGAAACCGGGAAUCAUCCAGGCAUCCAGCUCCCAGCGCUCCGAGUCUCCAGGCGGUGCGUGUGCCUGGUGCCCUGGCUUAAGUAUGAGUAAUGAUAAAUAAGUAAAUCACGCAGUGGGCUGCGCUAUUCCCUAAUGAGCCCGUUUGUCCCAGGCACAGUGCAAAAAAACCUCUUCUCCUUGGAGAUAACCUUUCUGCGUAUUAACAUUAUGCAUGUAUUCAUGUGACUUCCUCUGCCUCACCACCACCUCUUCAACUCAUUUAAAUAAAAAUAAUUUAUGUGGACAUUCCUUCAGUCAGGAUUCCCCCCCAAUAAUAUUUCGUUGAUGCUGUGCACCCAAAUGGGGUCGUUAUGCUUUCGCAUAUCAUUAGGGCUUUAUAAAGAACAACAGCGACAUCUGCAUGUGCCGCAGCGCUACAGAGAUGGGGGGGAAAAUACGGAAAACAAACCCCAAAUGAGCUCCAAGCUCGUCUGGCUCUGUCUUUCCUCAGCGCCUUCGCCACCACCAUGGACACAAGUAAUUGUACAGUGUAAUCACAUCACGGCUCAUCUGAAUAUUCAUAACCAAGACAAAGACUUGGAGGAGAAGAAAAGUGGGGGAGGGAAAGGAGGAGAAUUUAAAUAUAAAACAGCAUUUCAUUUUGAAGCAAAGUUCCGCAUUCAGCUCAAGAGAUUGUCUUGAUACCGACAUUGUCUGUCUGUCUGUCUGCCGUUCGAAAGCGGUGGGCAGUGGUGGCAUCGCACACGGAGCCCCCUCCGCGGAGAAGGAAAAUAAAGCACAACAACAAACAGCGACAGAACUGCCCCCAGCAAAAGUGAUAUUUGAAGAGUCGCCAACGGUGGCUAACCAGCUGCUGUUUUUCCAGGAAAGAAACAGUCUAUUGAGGGAGCUUUAUAAAGACCCCAAUUAAUAUGUUGUGCAUGUAUAAGAUCUACAAAGAGCCCACUGUGUUCCUCCCCCCGCAACCACCACCUCCUCUUCCUGAUCAGUGCCAGUGGAGAAGGAUCUGAGCUACCAAAUAAUUGAUUAAUCACUUCAGCGGUGACAACACCCCUCUCCAAUAUAAAGAGAGAAGAAAAACAAACACAAAAAGAGGCAACUGUUCGCUAAUUAGUGUGUAAAUUACCGCUGGUUCCAUCCUUCUUUGUACCUUUAAAAAGGAAAGGAAAAGAGACAGAGUAGAGAGAUAUAAUCCCCAUCUCAAUGUAUAUGUUGUCUUCAUUUCUUUCAUAUUACUCUGAUAUCCUUUACUAGUAUUAACCCAGAAGUGUGGUGGUUGUCGAAGCUGUGGCUGGCUCUGCCAGUUCGUUCCCCAAAGAGCUCCUAUUUCCAUUCCACUGGAGCUUAUAUUCCUUUAAAUGUCUAGCGCAGCAUCAUUUCCCCCUUUCUAAUACAUCACUCUGCUGGAAUUAGAAGAAUCCAAGGUUAUAUCCAACUUCAAAGGUUUCCAAGUCAUCAUGAUUUUAGUAAAAGUAGAAGACAGAUGAUGGAACAAGUCCCUGGCUUUUGAAGAUAGGCAUCAUAGGGACCUUCCUCCCCCUGUCUCUUUCUCGCUCUCCCUCUCUCUCCCCCCAACUUUGUACCUCUCCAGCUCUGAACGUCCCGCGCUAGCGCGGUUUAAUGAUAUGCAAAUGAAAUAUGCAUAAAACCAUUCUACUGUAUGAUGAUUAAACACUGGAGACAUUAACAGCCGACGCUUCACUGUUUGACUAUAAUAAUCUUUCCCGAGCAUCCACUUUGAUUGCGGAGUUAUGGAAACCCAUAGCAGUUGGCAGAGAGAGAGUAAGAGAGAGAGAAGGAAGGAGAGAUGCAGGGACGCAUCACCCAUCUCUGCAUUUAUCCCACUCCAGGAGACGUUUCCCCCCCUUUGUACUGCGUUCCUACUGCUGUCUUUUGUAAUCCAUCCAUGCGGUCGCACCAGGGCGAUUAACGGGAAAAAAACCCUCUUUUCUCUUAAUGUUUCAAAGCUCAUUAGCCAAACGAUUAUUCCUCAUUAACAGCGAAAGCUCAUUCAUUAAAAGAAAAAAUAUGCCCAAAAGAUGCCAGCGCUGUUAAUCCUGAGCCCUGUAGCUGGGCUGUAAAUCCCAUGCUAGUAUUUUCCAUGCAGAAGGGAAGCGCGCCAAUCCACAAAAAAAAAAAAAAAAAAACCCAAGCAAAAAGAAAACAUUUUGUGUGUUUUGUAAAAUCCGCAAGAGAGGCAAUUAAUAUUCCCGUUGUAUGACUUUAUUUUUUGUCUCUCCCUUUUGUUUCCAGUGCCCUUCCCUGGCUCAGCGCCCGGUGCCAACAGAACACCUUGCAGGAUCCUCAGCAGCGCAGACAACGUAAGUAGCCAGCUGUCCCUUGACGCCCUCUUCCAAAAGCCCCAAGCCCUCCGGACCCUGCAGAGCGCCUGUGCGGCUCUUUCCCUCGCUCACCCCUCCGGAGUGCCACCUGGGUUUCACAAGUAGCACCUUCCAAAUCUCUCUGUCUUCAAGUUUGUGCAUGUCUGUGUGGCAUCCCUCCUCCUCCUUCACUCCCAUAGUGGAUCUUGCAAAGGGCUUCAGAUCGGCCCCAUUCAUCUCCCUGGUGAUAGCAGUGAAUGUAGAUAAAUCUCUGACUGCCUGCUUGCUGCUGGAGUAUGAUUUUUAUUUUGUCUUCGGUGUACACCUAGGUCAAAAAGCGGGAUGUAUACUGACGUUGGGUGAGUGUGUGCCUGCGUGUCUGUGUCUGUGUCUUUCUCACUCCGUGUCUUUCUCUCUCAGCCAAGCACACAAACAUACAUCUCCCUGCAUGCGUGUGUACGUGUAUUACAUGCGUGCACACAAAUAUAUAUCCACACACAGACGUAUGUGUGUAUACACUGAGGUAUACGCACAUCUCCGUCAUACACACCCCCACACUCACACAUCUCAUCUGCAAUUAUCUGAGGCAUUGUGUGCAUAUGUGUAUGUGUGUCCAUACGCACACUGUUCUGUGUGCGUAUGUGCAUACACAGGCAUCUCUCGCUACACCGAUAAACAUUCCCUCUCCUCCCAGCAGAGGCUGUAUGCAGCUGUGAUCCUGCCCUAUAAGAGCGGUAUUCCUUCCUUCCUUCGGUGUGCUAUUCGGAGACCUUCGCGCUCCCUUCUCGGAGUCUCUCCCGAGCUGCAGAAUUGGCAUCUUUCCCUGAGGCUCCAAGAUGCCGGCCUCGGCUUGGAACGGAGCGGUGUCAUGGCGGAGACGACGGCCUUUGUCUCACAGGGGUACGGACGCCAGCCGCUUGGCACGGUUCUGCUGCUCGCGCUGGUGCAGGGGGGCAGGGAAGAGCCCGCAGCAAAACCAGCGACUGCGGAGGGAUGGACGGUCGGUCGGUCGCCUGUUGGAGUGCGGCUGGGGGCGACUGACGCGCUCCUGCCUCGUCCUCCCGACAUGUCACCGCUAUAUUUUGCUAUAAACAAUCAAAGCAACCCCUCCCCUCGCCUUUCCCACCCACCCUCCUUUCAGAAAGGCGAGCUCUGUUGAAGUUUAAGCAAGGAAGCCGUCCCCCCAAAAGGCUUAUCGCAGCACGUAAAUGACCAGCCUCUGCGGGGUCUCGCACCGCGGGGCUCCCCACCCCGAGCACCCUGCAACUGCUGAGGUGGGGCAUCGGAGGACCGCUGUCCGUCACAGGCUCGUCCUGUUCUCCGGGGGUCUUUUUCGUUUCCUUAAUUGGCUCAGAUACGUCGCUUGGGGUGAAGCAUCUCAACCAGGGGAAAGUUAGUUCGUUGUAAUUACGAGAGAAAUAAACCAUGUGAGGGCUUUGUUUUUUUGCUUUCGCUCUCCCUCGCCCCAAUCUCCGCCGCGAGUGAGGGUGAGUGACGGUGCGGCUGGGAGGAGACGCAGCAACGCUGGGAACUUGCUGCUUUCACCUUCUCGUGCUUUCAUUUUAUUUCAUUUUGUUUUUUAAAGGCAUGAAGCAAGUGAAGCGACGAGAGGAAUC